UUAUUGUCACGCUGGUCAUACAGCUCCAAUCGUGUGAAAUGCUUUUUGCUGGGAAGCUCCAUUAAAAUAAUAAGUUAUAUUACAAUUAUAAAAGGAAAUACUUUGUACAAGGGCAUACUAAGAACAUAUGAAGACCUAGUUUAUUCAGUGUAUUGGUAUUUUACCAAAUGAAGGAGUGGAGUUUUUAAACCCAAAAUGUGUCUUUGUAAACCUGAGGUAAAGCCAUUUGAACCACUACUACUACUACUACUACUACUACUGCAGGCUUUAUAGGUAUAAAAUCUGUUUCCUGGAUCCCAUUCGGUUCCUUUUUGUUGAGGGGGCUGACGGACCGUACCAUUUCAACCCGCAGGUUACAAAACCCAUUUCAGACAUUUUCCCCAAGCUAAAAUGGAAAUGUCAUUACGAACUGUUUUGGAAUAUAAAUACAAAAGGAUUUAAUAAGAAAACUGGUAUUUUAAUAACGUGUUGUAUUGGUUAAAAAAUAAAAAACGGUCGAUCUAUUCUCCGCCGCGCACCCCUUUAGCGUAGUGCUGUUGCCAUGUUCCCACUUUCAUGGGUGUGGUGAUUAGCUUGCUUGGGUGAAAAUUUUUUAGUCUAAUCUGACCCAAGUCGUCGCUCUCUCUCGCUCUCUGCUACCCUUUAAACCCGAUUAAAUUGUCUUAAAUAUUAUCUGUGAUUCCUCUCUCAGAGCUGGGGACCAUGGUUGUCGUGUGAAUAAACUGGAUCUCGGAUUAGAAGGACGGACAGAGCCAACAAACAAGAAAGAAAGAAGCCUGUUUCAGGUGUCAGCUGGUGAAGCGCCUGUGCGAGUGUGUGUGGGUGUGUGUGAGUGAGUGAGUGAGUGUGUGUGUGUGUGCGUGCAGGCACGUGUGUGUUUUCCCAGCCCGGUCGGUAUUUGGAGCGGAGUGUGGCCUGAACACAUCACAGAGGGACAAUGAGCGAGCUGGAACAGUUGCGGCAGGAAGCCGAGCAACUACGCAAUCAGAUCCGGGAUGCCAGGAAAGCCUGCAGUGACUCCACUCUGUCACAGAUCACAGCUGGUCUGGACUCAGUGGGCCGGAUACAGAUGCGGACGCGACGCACUCUCAGGGGCCACCUGGCCAAGAUCUAUGCAAUGCACUGGGGGAGCGACUCCAGUGACGGCAGUCCCAGGUUACUUGUCAGUGCCUCGCAAGAUGGAAAACUAAUCAUCUGGGACAGCUACACAACAAAUAAGAUGCAUGCUAUCCCGCUGCGUUCUUCCUGGGUGAUGACAUGCGCCUACGCCCCCUCCGGGAACUAUGUGGCCUGCGGAGGCCUGGACAACAUCUGCUCCAUAUACAGCCUGAAGACCCGUGAGGGCAACGUGCGCGUCACCCGAGAGCUACCCGGACACACAGGUUACUUGUCCUGCUGUCGUUUCUUGGAUGACAACCAGAUACUGACCAGCUCCGGAGACACCACCUGUGCAUUGUGGGAUAUAGAGACUGGCCAGCAGGCCACCAACUUCACUGGCCACACAGGGGAUGUGAUGAGUUUGUCUCUAAGCCCGGACUACAAGACCUUUGUGUCGGGAGCCUGUGACGCCACCUCCAAGCUGUGGGACAUCCGUGACGGCAUGUGCAGGCAGUCCUUCACCGGCCACGUGUCCGACAUCAACGCCGUCACCUUUUUCCCCAAUGGGAAUGCCUUUGGCACCGGCUCAGAUGAUGCCACCUGCAGGCUGUUUGACCUGCGUGCCGACCAGGAGCUGAUGAUGUACAGCCACGACAACAUCAUCUGCGGCAUCACCUCCGUGUCUUUCUCCAAGAGUGGCCGCCUGCUCCUGGCCGGCUACGAUGACUUCAACUGCAACGUCUGGGACACUCUGAAAGGCGAACGUGCAGGUGUGCUAGCGGGCCACGACAACAGAGUGAGCUGCUUAGGGGUGACAGAAGACGGCAUGGCUGUGGCCACCGGCUCCUGGGACAGUUUCCUCCGGAUCUGGAACUAAACAAACCUCUUCCCUGUUGUACUCAAUCACUGCCCGCCACCUUCCUCCUCCUCGCAACCCCACCCCACACACCCCAACUCAUCUGCUGGGCUGGACCUGAGGGUUGCGCACUGUGUCGUCCGAAAUCCUCUCAACUCACCCCUAGUUCUCCUCUCUGCUGGCGACCUGCCCACCUGUGAGAAAGUACCAACUCUUUCUACCUUUCAAAGUGACUUUUUUUUUUCACCCAGCUAUUACACAGAAACAAAAGUAAGAACCUUUCAGUAGAGUUGUCCAAUCAAAAAUUUAAUAAAAGAGCGUUAUGAAAAACUGAAGGAAAAAAAUAGAUUUCGCCCUCAUACCAAUUCUCCUGUAGAGGGCGAUAAAGAGCAUCUGUUACCGUGACUAACAACAAACAAGAUGAGCGUCGGUGUGUAAUAUGUAAAUGUAUAUAUAAAGACAGUAUAUAUGUAUAGCAUUAUGUGUGUAUAUAUGCAUCAUAUAUGCAUAUAUAAUGUGUAUGUAUAUAUUUUUGUAGUUUAUUUCCCAACCUUGAGUUUUGUUUUUUUAAUGAUUUUGGGGGGGUUUAUGUUUUAUUUUAAAUGUACAUAUUCACAUUACUACACAACAUAAUGCCAGAAACACUUAUUUUAUCCUGUGUGAGUACCAGAUUGGAAAGAUUAGACACAUCAACGUAUCAUAAUUUAACCUAAAACUUUUCAUUUUGUAAUAUUUCUGGUACUUGCUGGUUUAGUCGAGCCCACUCGUCCAACAACAAAAGAGGAUUUAGCAAGUAAACAAUUUGCAAAAAUAUAAUUUGGCCCAGCUAAACUCACUCUCCUCAUUUGUAUGUGUGUGUAUUAUUGCUACAAAAUCAUGUGAAUGAUGGCAUUUUUUUUUUUUUUUUUAACAACACGACCCCUGGCAUUCCUCACAACCCUUCUUUUCAUUUGGAAGGAAACCACCACACUGUUGUGAUAAUGAUUUAGAGAGAGCGCUUCAAAACCAACAAGCGAUGUUUUUAGUGUGGAUUCAGCUUACGCUCCAAAGUAGAAACUGAUGAAUUUUAGGCUAAGAUAGAAAACUUUAUUUAACUGGAGGCGCUGCCUCGGCCUCUAUUCACAUGGACUGUGGUUUCAGAUCAUCGGAUGCUGAAUAUCUGACGAUCACAUCCAUUCCAUGCAAAUCAACAUCUGUGCGAUAUGAUUGAUAACCCAAUAAUAGUCCGAAAUAGAGGUUUUGCAUCAUGACUCCUGUCAGCUGUGGCUUAUAGAAGCAUCUCAAGUUGCCCGUACAAUUGACACUGAUGGAGAGAACGGCAUCGCAAAGAGAAACACGUUCUCCCUGAGCAGAAGCCGUUUUCUAACUGUGAGCCUGUAACGGUGCUGAGGCCUGUAUGGACAAACGUUAGAGCGGUCAGUCGUUACAUUUAAAGGACCAUAAAGGACAGCAGCGGCCUCUGAGGACGAAAGAAAAGACGAAGAGAGAAAGAUGUCCGUCGGAGCUCGCCAUGUCAUUUUUAUCUUUUUUUUUUCUCAAAGCGAAGGAUCAACGAGUCCUUUUCGUCGCCAACAAGGUGUGAACCGAGCGCAUGCAUGGAACUGAAAUCAUGCUCACCGCUCCGAAAUCACACCAGUGCCACCACAAGCCUGUAAAAAAAGAAAAAAAGAAGAAAAAAAAAGAUUUUUUUAAAGGGUUUAACACUUUUUUUCCUCACCAAAAACAUGUUAUGAACUGUUAAAUAUUGCUUGUGAAGAAAGUACACUUGGUAGACAGAAAUGUACACUUAGUAGAGAGCUAGACACGCACUCACAAACUGUAGUACAAAUGUAAACCAUUGAGCACAUGUGACUUAUUUACCCAUAGAAGUGCUAUCUCUGAUUUUGAGUAUUUUCUCAUCACACAUCUUCCAUUAUUUUGGUUCCUCUAAAGGCUUAAUUAAAAGAAAAAAAUACACAUAAUGUACGUGAGUUGGACCUAUCCAUCAGCUGUCUCAGGUGCCUAUCUCUGAAUAUAAACAUUUGACCCACAUGGGCUGGAUAAAGGAGGGUUUGUGCUCCUGUGAGAUGUGGCACUAUUGUGUCUCCAUUCUGCCUUACGAUACCAUUCAUAAUAGAAGGUAAUACUAGCAUCGACUACAGUAAUGUUUUCCUCUUACUAUUCCUUUUUACACACUGAUCAAUAAGAGAGAGAGAUUGCUAAUUAUUUUUCUUUUCCCAAUAGAAGCACAUUCUGAUACGAGUGAACACUAAAAAGCAUGCUUAAGGAAAACCACGGCGAACACAUACAGCUCCAUUCUACUUCUUAAAGCAUCACUUUUUUAUACAAUUCUGCUUUCUACUACUACCGUACAGUUUGUAGUAUUUAUUUAGGUUCAAAUCAAUGAAACCCCUCUUUGGCAUACCGUGAUUUCUAGUGAUCUUUUUUUUUUUUUUUUUUUUUUUUUUAUUAAAUGUUUUAGCUGCUUCUACCUGGCUUUGCAUUAAUGAACCCAUUUUGAGAGAAUGUUAAAAAUAACAGUUAUAGUUUUUAGCCUGAGAAUAUCUUCGAGGUGUGUAGGAUGUGAUAUGUAUUUCAUAUCAGUGUUGAGGUGUGUGUGUGGGGGGAGGGAAGGGAUGGGAUGGGGAGGGGUUGAUUUGCUGAUGUAUGUGGAUAACAUAUAGAUCUAAGUGUUACUUCCUCAUUUGUGCCAAUGUUAUCCACAGACCCUGAGCUGUGAACUGAAAACUAGUCAAUGUGACAAAAAAAAAAAAACGUUUGCUCACUUUACUCAAGUGCCAGCCUUCUCCAUAUCCAUUAUUACUUCACGUCCGUAUCUGAUUUUAUACCCAGUCUGUUGUCUGAUCUGGACUGCUUAAGAUGGGUCUUUGUAUCCCAAAGUGUUAUUAAGUUAACAGUGCUUAUUAGAGUAAAGCGGACGUCAGGCCUUCGUGUGUCCCCAGAUAAACAUGACGAAAUGUAUUUAAAGCAUUACAUGGUUUGAUUAGUUUGGGAAAUGUUUGCUCUCUGGCGGUUAGCUUAGAAAAUCUACACCAUCUCUAUACAUAUUUAACAUAGUUAAAGCCUCUGAACACCAGCACAGGUGUUUUUUUCAAUUAAUCUGGCUGAUCAGACCUCUUCUCAGGACGGUGUGGGCUGUUUAGACUAACUGAGUGGCAUCUUCCUGAGCCUCCUGUUGGCUUUGUUGAACCUGUGAGGGCGGGACAAAUCACAACUUUAUCAUUCGUAUUGGUAGGUGAAGAUUUGUGACCUAAUACAUGCCCAUCAAUGCUUCAACCUGAGAAGAGGUCUAAUCAGCCAGAAUAACUGAAAACACCUGUGUGGGUGUUCAGAGGCCUUAAAUACUAGGCUACAACCAGCAGCCUGUUAGCUUAGCUUAGCACAAAGACUGGAAACAGGGGAGAAAAACAGCUAACAGCCGGCUCUGUCUGAAGCUCUCUAGUUAACACGUUAUGCCGAAUUCACACCAGAACAGCGGUGAGCUGCCAUGCCAUGCAAUGUCAAUGACGAGCUGCGGCCGUUUGAUUCUGCGGCGAAGUGCGGCCAAACAAAAGUUGGGGAAAAGUUUCACUUUUAGCGCCGAAGUGCGGCCAGAGAGGACCCGCAGCCAUGUAGUAGACAGAUCCUGUGACUCCUGUGACAUGCUGACCUAUGUUACAAAGAAUUUUUUCCCGCCUAAAACACAUGAACACGCCAACCGGCCGCAGAAAAAUUAAAUUCUUGCGGUGAGUCGCACUUUGCCGCCGUUGCCUGGUGUGAAUUCGGCGUUACAUCUCAUUUGUUAAACAAAAACCAGAGUGUUAAAAACGACAAUUCGCCAGUCUAUUUCUUGACGGGUAGGAGUGAGUAGUAGGGGGUGGUAGUUAUUGAAUCUCCACUGGUUGCCUGGCAACUGGUCAGACACAUACCCACCCACCAUUUAAUGUCAUUUUUACACUUCAGUUUUUGUACACAUUAAAUCAACGAGAUAUGUGUUAAUUUGUGAGAGAUGCUGUUGGACGGAGCCAGGCUAGCCGUUUCCCUCCGCUUCCAGUCUUUAUGCUAAGCUAAGCUAGUUGGCAGCUAGAAGUAACCUUUUUAAGUUAUUUGCAAACGGACGGACAUUCCCUCACUCUCCUCCAGAAAGCGAAUAAGCGUAUUUCCCCAAAAUAUAAAACUAUUCCAAUGAACCUUCCCCAGUUCUUUCAUGACAUUGUGUGAAAUUGAAAAAGAAAAAAAAAGACACCAUAGCCCUUAACAGCUGAAAAGGGGAUUGUGUGUAUUACUGAUAUUCGGCACGCAACCAUUCCCUCGCUCUGUGUGUAAUUCAGCAGUAUUAGCAGCUGGAACCUGGAAUAGUAACACUUCUACGUGCCUGUGCAGUUCACUCAUUAAUCAAAAAGGUGCUUGACUUCAUUUAAUUUCACAUUAUUGUCGUAUUUACCUGAAGUCUCCUCCAGUUUAUUCUCUUAACUAUACAACUGAUAUGGAGCUGUUGAAUCAACCUCUUUGGUGUUACAAAAUGUCCACAUUUGAUGCAUUUACGUCUGAAGCACCAAGAUCUGUGACUUCUUUGGAGCAUUGGAGUGGUAUGUUUUUGGCAAUCAAUGUAAAGUUGCCAUUAGUCACCCACAGUGCCAACAUCUAACUUCAAAGAGCAGAUGUGUAAGUGUCACUGCUGCACAAGUUCAGGCGGUAUUUCGAUGCAUGACUCUUCAAAUUUAAUAUCUGGAUAUGAGGAAUUUUCUGAUUCAUAGACACCCCACCACGUGAAUUGAUUGUCACAUGAUCACCACCACAGCACCAUCACAAAAUAAUGCACUGCCCUUUGACUCUACAACCUACUGUUCUGACAUUUUUUGUUUUGAUUUUAUUUAUUGUUUUAUUGUUUUAAGCCAGUAAAGACCAGGGACUUGGUGCCAUGAUAAUUCUCUUACAGUGCUAUUGUGUGAAAUUAUAAUCACUUGUUAUGGAAUAAUUUUUAUAGUCUUUUUCACACCAGACCUUUUUUUUGUAUUUGUACAGUGGCUUGGUGAUACUGAUAUGUUGCCAUGAGUUAUUGUAACCAAUAAAAAGCUUCUAACCAAGAA